AUGAGUGGCCCAAGCUCCCGGAGUGCUAGUGAGCAUAACGUGUCUGGCAAACCCAAUUUAGAAGCUCCAUCGACGUCUGUGGCAACGGAUCGUGAAUCCAAUACGACUCCAGGAGUAGCCAUUGGUACGUUGGAAUUAUGCGAUUUUUGCAAAGCUCCAGGAUUUGCAAUUGCUCCAAUCUCACCUCCAGAUCCAACAGCAAUCUGA